AUGAUGUGUAAUUUUUCGCUUGAUCAUGUAUGUCUCUUACAGGCCAUUCCAAAAGAAGCAAGAAACUUUGAGCUGGGAGAUGCCAGAUAUUAUGCAGUGCUGGUGUGGAGUGCAAUCGUCUGGCAGUGUUUCUUCUUGGGCGCCGUAGGAGUCAUCUUUUGUGCCUCCUCUUUGCUAUCCGGUAUUAUAAUGGCUGUUCUCCUUCCAGCUACAGAAAUCCUAGCAGUUAUCUUCUUCCAAGAGAAAUUUCAAGCAGAAAAAGGUGUCGCUCUUGGACUCUCGCUUUGGGGCUUUGUUUCUUACUUCUAUGGUGAGAUGAAAGAAAACAAGAAAAAGAAACUUGCAACUUCAGAAAUGGAAAUGCGUAUUAAUCCGGUUGUAAAUGUUUGA